AUGGGUGUAAAGCUUGGGUCCGAUAUCCGAAAUCCUUUAGCUAUUACAUCUGCAACAAGUGACUCGAUUCAAGAACCAACAAUACGAUCCAUGAACACAUAUAGACCAAGAAAUCAUAGGUAUUCGUCAUAUAACGCCCGUAGUAUCCAGCACUCAUAA